UCUGUUGCGAAGGUAGUGGCGUUGGUGUGGUAGAAGCAAGUGUUUCCUAUGAGCUUCUGCUGUUGCCUGCUUAGGAAUAGCAACAGCAAUUCCGCCAAUAUAUCGUCAAGUUUUGACACCAAACGCGUUAGCGUUACCUCAACGCAUCCACACGAUAUAACAGACCGAUGUCUCGCUAGGUUUCGGCGGCGUUGCGGACAGCAAGGUGUGCGAUAAUAGUCGGAAUAUUACGAUGCCAUCCCCGAUGGAGGGGUCUUCAAAGAAAGGUGACCUGUUUACUGUGAAACAUGAGCUGAAGAAUGCCAACCUUACAGGCCAUGUGGAGAGGGUGGGCAUCGAGAACUUUGAACUUCUUAAAGUUCUGGGCACCGGAGCAUACGGAAAGGUGUUCCUCGUACGCAAGGUGAGCGGCCACGACACGGGGAAGCUGUAUGCCAUGAAGGUCCUGAAGAAGGCCACCAUCGUGCAGAAGGCCAAGACCGCCGAGCACACACGCACCGAGCGCCAGGUGCUGGAGCACAUCCGCCAGUCGCCCUUCCUCGUCACGCUGCACUACGCCUUCCAGACGGACACCAAGCUGCACCUCAUCCUCGAUUAUGUGAACGGGGGGGAGCUCUUCACCCACCUGGUGCAGAGGGUCCGCUUCAAGGAGCAGGAGGUGGCGCUCUACAGCGGGGAGAUCGUCCUGGCGCUGGAGCAUCUGCACAAGCUGGGAAUUGUCUACCGGGACCUGAAACUUGAAAACAUUCUACUGGACUCGACCGGUCACAUUGUACUCACAGAUUUUGGCCUCAGUAAAGAAUUUGAUCAGGUGGAGAGGGCCUUCUCAGUGUGCGGGACCAUUGAGUACAUGGCUCCGGAGAUCGUAGAAGGAGGAGCGUCCGGCCACGACAAGGCCGUGGACUGGUGGAGCCUGGGGGUCCUGAUGUACGAGCUGCUGACCGGGGGCUCACCCUUUACUGUAGACGGAGACGAGAACUCCCACACAGACAUCGCCAAGAGGAUUCUGAAGAAGGACCCCCCCUUCCCCAGAGACAUGGGACCGCUGGCCAAGGACCUCAUUCAGAGGCUGCUCAACCGGGACCCCAAGAGGAGGCUGGGCUCCGGGCCCGGAUCAGCCGAGAACAUCAGGGGCCACCCCUUCUACCAGAAGAUCAACUGGAAGGAGCUGGCUGCCAAGGAGGUCCCUGCUCCCUUCAAGCCGGUGAUCCGGGACGAGCUGGACGUCAGCAACUUUGCGGAGGAGUUCACGGAGAUGGACCCCACCUACUCCCCCGCGGCCCUGCCCCAGAACUGUGACCGCAUCUUCCAGGGCUACUCCUUCAUGGCGCCCUCCAUCUUGUUCAAGAGGAACGCCGUGAUGGACGACACCCUCCCGCUGGGUGGCGCAUCCGAGAGGCCGGGUGCAGCCGCCGUGGCCCGCAGCGCCAUGAUGAAGGACUCCCCCUUCUACAUGAGCUACGAGAUGGACCUGCAGGAGAACGCGCUGGGGGAGGGCAGCUUCUCCAUCUGCAGGGGCUGCAGGCACAAGAAGACGGGCCAGCACUAUGCCGUCAAGAUCGUCAGCAAGAGGUACCCUUCUAGUCCUCUGGGACCCCUUAACGGGACCCCUUAACGAGCAUCACAGGCCAAACGCAUUGGGCUGGGAUGAAGGGCUGAGAGUAAGCCACCAUAUCAGCCACCAAAAUAAUUUAAGGUGAAAUUCUGCAUUACUAUGACAACUUAAAACCGUCUAGAUCUCCUUUUAUUUGUUGUAAAGACGGGGUGUGCGUUGUCAUAUUAGAUCAUUCCCCCCCAUGGAUCUUCUCAUUGGAGCAGAACUUCCUGUGAUCCGCCAUCUUGGUGUCAUGUAAAAAGUAAAACAGACCCAGACUGGGGAGAAAGCCUUGUCCUGUUAGCUGAACUGACCGAGGGUUAAGAUCGUACGCAUAAUAAUGACACCGUACGCAUGGUGUUAAAAUAGGAGCGAGAGACCUAGAGAGCGAGGCAGAAGGAGCAGGGAGAGAGAGUUACUGCUCCCUGACUGAGACCUAGAGAGCGAGGCAGAAGGAGCAGGGAGAGAGUUACUGCUCUCUGACUGAGACCUAGAGAACGAGGCAGAAGGAGCAGGGAGAGAGUUGCUGCUCUCUGACUGAGACCUAGAGAGCGAGGCAGAAGGAGCAGGGAGAGAGUUACUGCUCUCUGACUGAGACCUAGAGAGCGAGGCAGAAGGAGCAGAGAGAGAGAGUUACCGUCCCUGACUGAGACCUAGAGAGCGAGGCAGAAGGAGCAGGGAGAGAGUUACUGCUCUCUGACUGAGACCUAGAGAACGAGGCAGAAGGAGCAGGGAGAGAGUUACUGCUCCCUGACUGAGACCUAGAGAGCGAGGCAGAAGGAGCAGGGAGAGAGUUACUGCUCCCUGACUGAGACCUAGAGAACGAGGCAGAAGGAGC